AUGGCAAUUUCAGAUCUUUCGAGUGUCAUUGCUUACAGCAUGUUGGACAUGAGCUACGAGGGGGACUACUUGCAACUUCCAGAAGAUGACGUUGACGAGGCUGAUGAUUCCCGAGAGAACGAUAAAGAUGCUGCAGCAUUGGCGGAGAAGGAGGCUUUGGAGAUGACGGAUGCUCUCAACAAUAUUAGAGAUUGGCAUUUCAGGAAGAACGAAGACUGGAACAGAGAAACGCUUAUUCAGUUGGUUUCUGGCAAGCUACGAUAUGAUGACUUACCCAGUAAUGAGGCAGCACAAUGGAAAUAG